CAGUCAGCAAGACGAUUUUAUACUACGGUCAAAACUAUUCAUCGACCUGCGCCAGCAGUUUCUGCUUCUUAUCGUGCAAAGGCGUUUCAAACCAGUCGACUUUUACCUUCUCAAUAUCCAAAACUUGCUGAAAAAAAGAAACCUGCUGGGAUUGGUAAUAAAAAGCCGUGCAAUUGUACAAAAUCCAUGUGUUUAAAAUUGUAUUGUGAAUGUUUCGCAAAUGGUGAAUUCUGCAAAGAUUGUAAUUGCAAAUCUUGCCAUAAUAAUUUAGAGCAUGAAGUGGAACGUUCUAAAGCAAUUAAAGCGUCACUUGAGAGAAACCCAAAUGCUUUUAAGCCAAAAAUUGGAAUUGCAUCGAGAGGCCGAAUUGAUUCUGAAAGGCUUCAUCAAAAAGGAUGCCACUGCAGAAAAUCAAAUUGUUUAAAAAAUUACUGUGAAUGCUAUGAAGCAAAAGUACCAUGCACAGAGCGAUGUAAAUGUGUUAGCUGUCGCAAUACUGAGAAUGAUCGAGCGGCAAAAUUUCCUGCAAAAUUUAUUCCGACCAGUGAUGCUGGGCCAUUAAAUGAAUCUUUAUUAGAUACAAAUCGUACAACCAAUUCUCCCUUUAGUGAUGAAGAAAGCGACCAAGAUUCUGAUGCAGAUGGAAGAAGUUUGCCAUGGCUUUAUAUAAAUGAUGAAGUGAUUGAAGCGACGACACUUUGUUUAGUCUCACGUGCGGAAGCAGCUGAAUCAGCCAAAAAAAUGACUGAUGAAGAGAUGGAGAGAGCUCUUUUACAAGAAUUUGGUAGAUGUUUGGGACAGAUUAUCAGUGCCACUACAACCGUACCAACUAUGGAAGCUAUUUCUAGCUGGAGCUAUCCAGGCUGA